AGUAGGAAGCUGGGUCAGAGGCGGAGGUAUUCGAACCUUUCUUAAGAAGCUGGGCUGGAGGCUGAGGUGCAAGGGGGUACCGAAAAACAAACCAAGUACUUUGAAUGUAACCAAAAAACAGACUGAGCCAAGCAGAACUGCAACACCACAAAGGAUACACUGAAGAUACACAGACAAUCUGGGAACCUAUGUAGUUAUCAGCAGCCCCUUUGUACUCUUUGUUUUAGGCUUGACUGCUGAUCAGCUGCAGGUGUGUAGUGGGUGGUGCCAGAAACUCCACCCAGCUCCAAGCACAGACACAGAAGGGAGGGAGAAAGACAGCACAGAAAAUAUAAAAGCCUGAAUCCUAACAGUUUUCUAGUCUUUAACACAGUUAUGAGCAUGUAGCUCCAUGACGAUAGCGGACAGACAGGUCUAAGCAGAAGCUUUUUCACAGCUCUCAGUUUGCAGCUUUUCAGGUGAACACUUGGCAUAGUACACAGGACUCUGUGCAUUAAAGAUGACCGGGUCUACAAUUAUUAAACUGUUGUUCAGUACCCUCAUCUUUCUAUUGUUCAUGGCCUACUUAUUAUUCAUGACAAGCUUUCAAGCCUCUCAAAAGAUGGAGAUUGUGCCUGCAAAGACAAACAGGUUGGCCCCUGUCCCUGUGUCUCCGCGUCCCUGUACUUGUCAGCCUGGCUCAGUGCAACUGAAAGAUCGAAUUCCUGAGGACCAGUUUGACAAAGUGUAUCAGCGGAGAAAAGAAGAAUUUGAGAAGUGGAAGAAAAGAACCUCAUCUGAAUUAUCCAAACUGCUGCUGGCUCCACCCAACUCUCCUCUGCAGUAUCCCAUUCAAGGUUUUACUGUUCCCCCUCUAAGGAGAUGCCCCAUCCCAGGUACACACCUCACAGCCCCACAAGUGUCAACUUCACCUGAUCAAGUACACGGAGACUCUCUCAGUUUAAAACUGUCCACAGGAGAGCAAAGCAGCUACAAGGUGAUCCUGAAUGUUAGGAAAGGUCUCCUCAGUGCAGACGCCUCACUCUUCACAGGAGAAGUGAUACUAAAAGGUGAUGGAAAGGCUGAGCUCACUGUGGAGUCCAGUAGCCUGAAGCUCCUGAAUGCUGUGCUGGCAUCAGUGUCCUACCAAAGCAGCUUUUAUCAUGUCCACACUGCAGAUUUGGCCUCCUUUUCUUUUGAGAAUCAUGGAGCCCAGUUUCCCAUCAUCAUCAGACAGCCUCAGCUGCCAGUCAUAUUUGACAUGGGGGCGGACAUCAGCUCACAAGUCAGUAUCACCAUCAAGACCUUUCUGCGCUACGAUAAUCUCAAAGAGCUACUGAGCAGCAUCCGCAGGUUUUACCCCAACAUAACAGUGAUUAUUGCAGAUGACAGCAUUGAACCAGAAAAGAUAACAGGAGAGAACAUCCACCAAUACAUCAUGCCACCAGCUCAGGGUUGGUUUGCUGGCAGAAAUCUGGCUGUUUCCCAAGUCACUACAAAGUAUUUUCUGUGGGCAGAUGAUGACUUCAUAUUCAGUCAAAGCACAAAGAUUGAGAAAAUGGUCGAGGUCAUGGAGGCUGUUCCUGAACUGGAUGUGGUUGGUGGCUCAGUGCAAGGAAACACAUUUCACUUUUCACUUGAGUAUGACAAAGGAGAUGAGACUGAAGGAGGCUGUUUAUACAGAAAAUCCCAUGGAAGGUUCCACGCAAUUCCUGGUUACCCACAAUGCUAUUUGACCAGCGGAGUGGUCAAUUUCUUCCUGGCUCGUACAGACUGUAUCCAGAAAUCUAGAUUUGACCCCCUCCUAAAGAGAGUUGCACACUCAGAGUUCUUUAUGGAUGGACUAGGCUCCCUGAUGGUGGCUUCUUGUAGUCAUGUGUCUAUUGGUCAUCAGCCAAAGAAAAAUUCCAACCAGUAUAACAAGUUUCGGAAGCCAACUGGUGGUUCUGAGCAGGCAUUCAAAUACCAACUGCACUUCUUCAAAAACAAUCUCAAGUGCAUAAAGUUUGGAUGAACGGUUACAGUGGAAAGUGAGAACUUCCGUCUUUUCAUCAUAUCAUGUUAUUUUUCAAUUCUAUGCUCAGCGCUUCCUGUAUUCCCCUUUUGUUUCUCAUGUCUGUGCACUUUGCUUGGAAAAAAUGACAUUGCCCUUGAAUGUACCUGUAUUUUGGGUCUCUUUUGAUGAAUACACUGGUAUUAUAUUAUUUUCACAUUUUUACACCAGUAUACAUUCUCACCCCGUAACCAAUGUACCCCUCAAGCACCAGGACGAACAAGCGGGGCCUUUCUCUCGAGCACCCUUCUCCUCCAUGGGGGAUGCUUUUAUUAAGUUGGUGAAAACACAAAGGGAAGUCAGAGCGUUUUGAGACUGAAAAGUGGUGAGGGCAUAGACUGUAGUCUGUGACUGAGUGGAAAAGGGACAGACCUCUCCAUUCCAUUCCCCUUUCCCACAUUCCAUUCCCCAUUCCAUUCAACAACUAUUAUUCUGUUUAUUUAAAAAUGGGCUACUGUAUAUAGACCUAUUUAUUUAUGUAGGCCUACUAUGUAAAUUAAUGCACUAACUCAACACAUGGAAAUUUCUAGCAUAGAAUUAUAAUUAAAUACAUAUACAUUCAUGUCAAAGAAUAAUGGUGUAAGUUUUAUACUGAUAAUGCUUUUAAAACUUGACAAAAGUACAUAUGUGUACUAGAAAAAGAAAUGCUACAUAAAACACACACAAACACUUACCCAUACAGGCCUACCCUCGGCUGACAAAUGCAUGAAAUAAUUCAGUGAAAUUAUUGCCUAGGUUUUUAAAAGGAGCAUGUAGCUUUGGAUGAUGAUACUAUGCUUUGUAAAUUGAGAAUUUAUUUUGCACAAGCCUGUGUGCAUGUGUUAAAACAAAUAUGAAAUAUGAAAGUGGUGGACCCUCCACCAGAAAAAUGACAUAUAGUGCAUGUUUAAUGUAGACGAUAUAUUAUCAUGCCCAACUUAUUACACCACUUACUGUAAAGCUAAUUUGAAUGUCCUUUAAUAGUAGAACUCAGUGUACCAUGAGUCAGCAUUUGUAUUUUGUCUUUUUGUAAACAGCCUGUUCAACUGUAGAGCAAUGACAACAAGUAGUACACACAGUACAGCCUGUACACCUGCAGAGCAACAAUAACAAGUUGUACACACAUUACAACAUAAUGUGUGGAACAGGUUGUAUUGGCAACAAUGGGUAGUUUCCAUUGUGCAACAGAAUAUUUGGAAAAUCUUUGGGAGUAGUGUGAUUGCGAUUAUAUGUGUCAUUGAUGCAGAUGACAUGGUACAAAGGUGGGGUAGAAUAAUAAAGGCAGUUAAAGAAACUGUGUGUACAAUUUGGAUUUUAAGUGGUGUAAACAUUUGAUUUGAUUUUUUUUUUUAUUUCGAGCAAAUGAAUGAAGUUACAUAUAUUCACCUUUUGUUUUCAAUGUUCAACACAAAAUAACUGUAUCACAGAAUCAAGGUAAAUGUCCAAAUCAACUAUCUUUUACUGGUAACAAUUCUAAUGCUAAUGUAUUCUUAAUUGAAGACAGACUGGCAUAUCGGUGAGCCGAUAUAUCAGGCAAUAUGUGCACUUUUAAGAAUAUCGGCUAUCACUCUUAAAUCACCAGCACAGGCUGAUAUGUUGUUUUGGCUGACUUGCUGCCUAAAGAACACACAAACCUUUAUUUGAAGAAGAGGCAGAGCUUAUCGGCCAAUGGUUUCUCUGGAUUCUAAAUGACUGGCACCUCAUCAGCCAUGAAAAAAAAACAAAACACACACAUUGUUUGAUCUCUAUUCUUAAUUACAAAAACAUUAGCCAUUAUGUUAUGUUAUAUUUUGUUGUUUUGGUUCUCAAGAUGAUUAUCCAAUCAGACAGCAGAAUCACAUGAGUCUUCCAUUUGGGUUGCCAGUUUCAAUGCUGAAGUCCAGGUUUAAACUUAAAAGGACUGUCUCUGAUCUGAAUCCUCACUACCUAAACCCCAGCACCUGCAGCCAAUCAUUAAUCAAUGCUAGUGCAGCCUCUGUAGCUCAGUGAGUGAAUCCUGGAUGUUCUGAGCUAUCAUAGGAGGUAUGACCUAUCCAUAUACUGAGAAUGAGAAGAACUUUCACAGUAUGUGCCCUCCAUAUGCAGGUUAAGGCACUGACAAUGCAUGUUCAGUUGUGAUUGUAGUACUGUUUUUGAAACUGUGAGAGAACAGGCCACAUACAGUGUGUUUAAAUGCUGUAAUGAAUUGUAAAAUAAACCAAUUUUCACACAAACACACAGUUGUUAUGAAACAUCCCCCAAGAUAACACUGAGUCAUGGCCUAUUUUAAGCUCCAGCGAUACAUCUGCUCCGUGUACAUCUGUGCUAUAGACACUCGCGCGCUUACAUAAAUCUUUUGGUGUGAGACUCCAGAGACCGCCAUUCAAAGCUUAGUAUUUCUGUCCAUUCUGCAGGGUUCUGAGACAUGAGGUAAUCAACAGUGCACGGCUAACACAGCAAUGUAACAGCAAUAUCUUCAAUAGCUCUAUGUGAAAUACCCUUUGUACUAUAUUUACUAGAGUUUGACUAGACCAGGGGUUGACAACCCGCGGCUCCAGAGCCGCAUGCAGCUCCUUCAUCCUUAUACUGCGGCUCUGCGUGGCUUGGGAAAACUAAUUUUAAGUAUUUAAUUGAAGUAUAUUUUAUUUGUGUUAGUUCUUUUUUAUUGUAGUUUAAACUGGAAGAUUAUUAUGAUCGUGAAAUAUUCAACUAAAAUGAUAUUUUCUUAUUUUUCGUUGAUCAAAAUAAGCAUCACACUCGUGGAACAAUGUUAAAAACAACACUGCUCACGCCUCACUGACACAGCUCACAGUUCUGCGUAAAGACACAGCCCUGGUUUUCAAAUGCUGUGCGCACAGGAGUCAGGAGCAGGAGGAUCUUCUCCGACGUAACUUUCACCCGUCCCUAAUGACGCACUAAUAAACUCGUUUGUAGAUAUAUCCUGAAAAUCGCCACAGAAAUCUAUUCGAUGCAGUGACAUGUUCAUUAUCUGCUCUUGUCCUCCACGAUGACGUAUCACAUAUAACACAUCAGACACGACGCAUAAAAGUAGAGCCACAAGCAAGUGAAAAUGAGCCAAAACAAAAGUCUUUUGUUGUUAAAAAGAGAGCUUUUUAACAAAGGGGAAAAGGCCAACUGAGGAGCCACAAGAGGAGCCUAUGACCUCCAAGAAAAAGAAAGCUAAAUUUAACAGACAACACCAGGAGUCCUACUUUUUGUCGCUACAGGUGAGUCUCACGCGCAGAGUCCGCUCUGCGUAAUAUGCGGAGGAAAAGCGAAUGAGGCAAUGAAACCUGUGCUCCCAGUGUUUUAUUUUCCGUGGAAACUGGGUCCAAAUGGCUCUUUGCGUGUUAAAGGUUGCCGACCCCUGGACUAGACUGUUAUGCCUUCAGUGUUGAGUCUCCACCUCUACCACAGUCCAGUCUCCACGAGGAGAGCUGCUGAGACUGUCUGGAGAGUAGCUGCUCACUGAGGUGACUGUAGCGGUGGGGGGGCUGAACUGUGGCCACGUGGUGCUAUGCAGCAGGCUGAGACUGCCCCCCAUUCCAACAGGAAGGAGCAGGAGAGAACUCCCAUCUUCAGACAGCAUCAGGCUCUGGUUGAUGAGCUGCUGAACCAUGACCACCUUCAUGUUCCACUCAAGCUCCUGUGUAGGCCCUGGGCAAAGUUGCUUUUGAGAGACAUAUUUUCCCUGGUCUUGGCCAUUGAGGACAACCUCCUCCUCAUCACUGGUCUCCAUAGCCUCAUAGAUGGUGCAGAGACCCGAGGAGGGGGAGAGCAUGAGUCCAGUGGGGCUCCUCCUGAGCUGCUGUUGCUGCUGCAGGUGUUUCUGGUGCAUGCGGUACUGCAGCUCCAGCUCCAGCUGCCACUGCAGCCUGUGUCUAUGCUGCAGCUGGAGCAUUUCCUGCCUCUGUGCCUCUUCCUCCUCCGGCCACUGAGUCUUCAUCCACUCCUGCUCCACCCAGUGAGUCUUCUCCUGCUCCUGCUCUGCCCACUGAGUCUUCAGCCCCUCCUCCUGCCACUGAGUCUGCUGGCGCUCACGCUCCUUACACUUCUCCACCUCCUGCAGCUUCUCUUGGUGUUUUUCCAGCCCAUGGAGCUGCUCCCUCACAACAGCAGUGUCAGAACAUGUUUUUAUAAGAGGUCCAAAAUGUGCUGCCAGAGCAGGAUCAAUGGGCCUCCUGUUGCCAGGUACAAGAGCCAGGUAAUGUCCAUUGGCUAUAAGCAAACUUCCAGUGUGGUUCUGAUUCUGAUUAUUCCCCGGGCUCUGUAGCACAUCUUCAUCCUUGUCAUCAGAUAUUUUGUUUCCUGUCACACAGUUAAGAUCACUUGGUGCAUCCAUCAGAUGCAUGCAUAAACACGACAAGU